AUGUGGAGGUGCUGGCAAAGAGGGCUUCGGCGGAGAACGCCGCACUGGUGGCAGCGCAGGCACAAAUGGGACGCACCUGAAGGUGUUGCAGUCCACCUUCCGAGACAGGAAGCUCUUACACUGGCUCAGGAGUCUCUGCUCGGGCUUCCCGGGGAAGCAGUUCCUUCGAUCGUCAAACGCGGGCAGCUUCAAGCACGCCGGGGCCUCUCCAGUGAAAAAGUUGUACGAGUAGGUGAAGUUCUGCAGGUGAGGAAGCAGGCAGAUGCUCUCGGGAAUUUUGCCGGACAGGAGGUUGUGAGCUACAUUCAGCUGCUCCAGGCGGACCAUCCCGCCGAGGCUCGCCGGCAGCGGCCCGACCAGCUCGUUGUGGCUGACGUCCAGCACCGUCAGGCUCGUGAGAAGCCCGAUCUCCGGCGGGAGGCACGACCGAAGGCCGUUGUUUAUGAUAAUGAUCUCGUUGAGAGUCUUGGACAUGUUGCCGAGGCUCGCCGGGAGGCAACCCUUGAAGUGGUUGUUGGCGAGGACGAUCACCGACACCGGCGAGUUGCCGAAGUUGUCGGGGAGAUCGAAGGAGAAGCGGUUGUGGUUGAUGAAAAUGGCAUCGAGAUCCUUGUCGAAGAGCUCACGCGGCACCUUUCCCUCGAACUCGUUGAAUCUGAUGUCGAGGAACUUGAGAGAAGGGAGGCGGAGGACCACCCGGGGGAACUUGCCGGCGAAACGGUUGUUGCUCAGAUCGAGCUCGAAGAGGAGCUUCAGAUUCUCAAACUUGUGCGGGACCGUGCCGCAGAAGCGGUUCGAGUUGAUGUGGAACAGCGCGAGGUCCUCCAGCAGGCCGAGCUCCUCCGGAAGAUACCCGGCGAUGUCCCCGUGGUUGAGAUCUACGCCGGCGACCACGGUGACGUUCCGGUCAUCGAGCGCAGGGGCGCAGAACACGCCGGUGUACUUGCAGACGCCGGAUCCGACCCAGUCGCCGGUCAGAUUGAACGGAUCGGAGAGGAUAGCCUGCUUCCAGGCCUGGAGAGCAACGUAGGCGGAGCGGAGGCGCGGGUUUGGGAAGAACAAGGCGGGAUCGACAGUAACCUUCUCUCCGCGGUCGCCAAACUCGUCGCGGUAGUAGAGGAGCUGCCGCUGCCGGAUGAAGCCGGCCUCGGCAUCGGUGAGUCCAUGGCUGGAGAAGCCGCCAUUGCCGCUCUCUCCUCCUCCAGCUCCCCCCUCCGCCGAGGCGAGCACAAGGACCAGGUAGCCGACCACAAGGAAGCUGGCCAACGACCGGGGCGGAUGCCGUCCACCCUUCCUCAUCUCAUCACUCCCUCAGCGACAGGUCGCUCCUGCGGCUACUUAACUGCGAGAGGGACGCUAGAGGCGAUACAGAAGACUGGACGAAACCCUGAAAGUGAAAGAGAGAGAGAGAGAGAGAGAGAGCGAAUGGGAAUGGAGACAGGCCCUCUGAGCGACAACUAA